CCAGCUCGCAUGCUCGACCUCCGCGAGACAACGAGCGGCGUCGUCGGCGCCUUCUGCAACGUCUACGCAGGCUUGCCGUUCGACGUGGUCAAGGUGCGCCUCCAGACGCAGUCGACACCGCCCGAGUACGCCGGCGUCACCGACUGCAUGACCAAGAUCGUGCGCCAGGAAGGGCUGCGGUCGCUCUGGAAGGGCGCGAUUCCCGCGCUCUCGUCGGCGAUCGUCGAGAACGCAGUGCUCUUCUCGGCCAACGGUAUUCUGAAGCGCGUCCUCUUCGCGUCCGAUGCGAACCUGCGCACGAUUGACGAGGCGCUGCUCGGGAGCGCGGCCUCGAUCUUCUCGGCGACAGCGAUCACGCCCGCCGAAGUCAUCAAAUGCCGCCUUCAGUCCGACCACGGCACCACGUCGCUCGGUGUGCGCAAGUGCGUCCAGAACGUAUUGCGCGAAAACGGUCCGCGCGGUCUCGUUGCCGGCCUUCCCGCUGUCCUUUUGCGCGACGUGCCCUUCAACUUUUGCUUCUUUGGCGCCUACGACGUGUACACAAGCUGGUUUAUGGCGCUCCACGAUGCGAGCUCCAAGCGCGAACUGCACCCGCUGGCGGUGCUCACGGCCGGUGGCUGCGCCGGUGCGACCGGCUGGAGCAUCGUCUUUCCCGUCGACGUCGUCAAGUCGCGCAUGCAAGUCGGCAACAACGUCACCUUUGGCGCCGCCGCCCGGCAUGUGUGGCAAGAGUAUGGCAUCCGGGGGUUUUACAGAGGCUGGUCAGCUGCCGUGCUUCGGUCGUUUCCGGCGAAUGGCUGUCUCUUCCUUGGUGUCGAAAUGACCCAUCGGCUCUUUCACUUCCUCGACGGCGACGAUGGCGCGGCGGUCGAGCCCAUGGCCUUGUAA